AUGUCGAACUUGGCAAAGCUCGAAUUUGUUGCACUUGACAUCUCCGGAAAGAACUACCUUUCAUGGAUCAAUGAUGCUGAGGUUCAUCUUGAGGCUAUGAACCUAGGGGAAACCAUUAAGGAAGCCAAUGAGGCAUCCUCUGUGGAUCAAGCGAAAGCCAUGAUUUUUCUCAGACGCCACAUCCAUGAAGGCUUGAAGUGUGAAUACCUUACUAUCAAGGAUCCGUUAGCCCUUUGGGGAAAUCUCAAAAUUAGCUCCAAGUUACGACUUUGUGGAGAAAAUAUAACUGAUGCAGACCUAUUGGAGAAAACUUUCACCACAUUUCAUGCCUCCAAUGUGAACCAUCAGUCCCGUCCAACUCGAUCUGCACCAUUCCAUGAAGUGAAUGCUGCCUUGGCAUCAUCUCAUGAGGCAUAUGCUACCUCAUCACAUGGCGACCGUCGUCGAGGACGUGGUCGUGGUAGGGGUACCCGUAAUGGUCAAGUCCAAAAUAGUAAUAGCCACCGCUUGGGUCCAAGAAAUACCCAAGCAUCUCAUAACCACCAGAAGGUGAUUGAGGAAGCAUGUCAUAGGUGUGGUACAAAUGGGCAUUGGGCACGUGUAUGCCGCACACCAAAAUAUUUGGUUGAUCUUUACCAAGCCUCAAUCAAGGGCAAAGGAAAAAAGGUUGAGACAUAUUGGAUGGAUGCUGAUCCAACAGAGUUAGAACCAGUGGAUGCAACUCACCUUGAUGUCUCAGACUUCUUUGUUGAUACUGAUGGCAAAUCUUUUGAUCCUAUGAUUAGUGAUGGGAUACUCCCCAAUUAA